AACCCGGAAGUAGUCGUAUAUGUCAUCGCUGUUGUUGACUUUUCUCCCAUAGCGCUAUUCUCAUACAUCCGCACCAUGUGUAAAACGUUUCUACCUGUAGGACUGCACUUUACUGCCUCACGAUACACUAAUUUUGUUCUCGCCUAGCUGUUUCUUUUGUGUGUGUGUGGUUAAAGCUGUUAUUUCUCGCUAACUGUAAGAUAGUUAGUAGGUAACAUGAGAGGCUAGCAUGCACCGGGGGAAGUGAGGCUAAUGCACACAGUCAUGUCAUUUGUUGCCUGACCGUGUUUGGGAGCAGACUGAAAUAAGCAGAUGGCGGUGGAGCUGGAUGUGUUUGUGGGUAACACCACUAUCAUGGAUGAGGAGGUUUAUCAGCUCUGGUUGGAUGGAUAUACAGUGAAUGAUGCGGUGAAGGUCCGAAUGGAGGGCGGCGCGCUGGACGAGUGUGAGGCAACCGCAGAUGUGCUGCUGAGUGACACCAUGGACCAGUACCGAACAUUCCAGAUGUGCGAGCGUCUGCUGCACAGUCCGUCCAAACUAGCCAAUCAGUUGCUCUUCCAGAUCCCGCCUCAUCGACAAGCCAUGCUCAUCGAGAGAUACUACGACUUCGAUGAUGCUUUUGUUCGUGAAGUCCUGGGCAAGAAACUCUCAAAAGGAACCAAGAAAGACUUGGAUGACAUCAGCAUCAAGACAGGCGUGACUCUGAAAAGCUGCAGAAGACAGUUUGACAACUUCAAGCGUGUUUUUAAAGUGGUGGAAGAGCUGAAGGGACCCCUAGUAGAGAACAUACGUCAGCAUUUCUUGCUCUCUGACAAGCUCGGAAGGGAUUACGCGGCCAUUGUGUUCUUUGCCAACAAUCGCUUUGAGACGGGGAAGAGAAAGCUGCAAUAUCUCACGUUCCAGGACUUUGCUUUCUGUGCUGGACAGCUUAUCAACAACUGGACAGUUGGAGCUGUUGAUAAUAUGGUGGAAGACAUGGAUGUGGAUCUAGACAAAGAGUUUCUCCAAGAACUGAAAGAACUAAAGAUUUUAAUCUCCGACAAGGAUCUGCUGGAUCAACACAAAAGUCUUGUCUGCACAGCCCUUAGGGGGAAAACUAAAGCUUUUCCUGAAAUGGAGGCCAAUUUCAAGAAUCUUUCCAGAGGCCUUGUAAACAUCGCAGCCAAGUUAACCAACACGAAAGAUGUCCGCGAUUUCUUCAUCGACCUCGUGGAGAAGUUCAUCGAGCCGUGUCGCUCGGACCGAUGGACGGCAGCAGACACGAGGCUCUACCUGACCCACUAUACCAAUUCUGCGCACAUACUGGACACUUUCAAACAUCAAGUUGUGUGGGACCGAUACAUGGGCGUCAUAAAAAGCUGCAUCUUCAAAUUGUAUCACGACUGAGCUGAUUUUUUUUCCUCCACGAACACAUUUUUUUCUCCACCCCAGGUCCAAGCUGUUAUCUUAACUCCCCCUCAAUUGAGCAUUUAUACCAUAGCAAAGAUAUCCACCUUAUGGUCCCUGUACUAGUACCCUCUUUGUCGGGACUAGCAAGACAAUUUGGUGCACUUUGAGAUGAUCAAACGAAUGUAAAUGUCAGAGAAAUAUAAUCCAAGUGAACCUAAAUUUCCAUUUUUUAAAUAAUUUCAUUCAUAAAGGAAAAAAUAAUUCAGUUACCCGGCCUUGUGUUAAAAAAGUAAUUGCCGCCCUUUUUAAUUCAUGAGUUGUGGCAAAUGUAUGAGUGCCAGAUCCUGAGAUGACUGGAAUCAUAGAAAACUGUACAUGUAGACCAUCCUUUUUGGUCAAAACCUGCAUGAUGGACACCCUGUCGAACUAGCACUCGGCGGCAAUGGCCUCUGCAAGUCCUGGUAGUUGUACCUAGACAUGGCCAGCUUCACGCGAAAAUUUUUUUUGACUUUCACUUUCCUGGAAGGCACCACGUUGAUGGUGUCUGUUGCGGAAGUGUGGAUGGCAACCUUGACGUUCACGCCCCUCCGAAAGAGCAAAGCUUCCAUUUUGGUGAAGAUGCUUUCCUCACCAUGGUUAAGUCUGGUGACGCUGCUGAGCUUUUGGGGCUUGCUGAACUUUAUUUUAUAUGUCUUGCUGGUUUAAGUGUCAUGUGAUGUGUGUUCAAUGUUCAGUUUUCUAUUACAUAAGUUUCAAAAAUUGAAAACGAUUUUGUGUAGAGACAUCAAAUAAAAUUCAGAUUGAUAAAUCAUUCAAUUUAGAGUUUGUAAUAUGACAGAAUAGGUUAAAAAAAAAGAGCGAAAGGGCGUGAAUACUUUUACAAGGCACUGUAGGUUUUCUACUAGUGAGGACAAAGCGUAUUAAGUACAUGAUGGAGUACAGUAAGAUGUAUUUCAACGAUAUUAAAUAAAUGCUGACUGAAAAGCCUACAUAGAAUGACACAUCUCUCCCAGUGCACUUAGUAGUGGUACUAGUGCAUCACAGUAAUUAACUAGUAUGGUUUAAUUGCAUUCCAUGUCUCUAGAGCUGGUUUCUCUAGCCGGGGAUCGGAUCGCCAAAGUCCCCGCCUUUGGGCACCGCCCAGCUCGCAUUGCACCCGACCCCUAUGGCCCCUCUCACAGGUGGUGAGCCCAUGGGAAGGGGCCAAAUCCAAAUCCGAGACUAUGGUCCUCAGUCGGAAAAGGGUGGCGUGCCCUCUCCAGGUCGGGAAUGAGAUCCGUCCCCAAGUGGAGGAGUUUAAGUAUCUUGGGGUCUUGUUCACAAAUGAGGGAAGAACGGAGCGGGGAUCGACUGACGGAUCGGUGCACAGUCUGCAGUGAUGCGGACUUUGUAUCGGUCCGUUGUGGUAAAGAGGGAGCUAAGUCGAAAGGCGAAGCUCUCAGUUUACCAGUCGAUCUACGUUCCUACCCUCACCAAUGGGCAGGAGCUGUGGGUCGUGACAGAAAGAUACAAGCGGCCGAAAUGAGUCCAGGCUCUCCCUUAGAGAACGGGUGAGAAGCUCGGGCAUCCGGGAGCGGCUCAGUGUCGAGCCGCUGCUCCUCCGAAUUAAGAGGAACCAGAUGAAGUGGCUGGGGCAUCUGAUUCUUAUGCCUCCCGGACACCUCCCUGGUGAGGUGUUCCGGGCAUGUCCCACCGGAAAGAGACCCCGAGGACGACCCAGGACACGCUGGAGAGACUACGUCUCUCGGCUGGCUUGGGAACGCCUCGAGAUCUCUCCGGAAGAGCUGGAAAAAGUGGCUGGGGUAAGGGAAGUUUGGGCAUCCCUGCUGAAGCUACUUCCCCUGCUACCCGGCCCUGAAAAGGGCUCGAUGAUGGAUGGAUGGAUGGAUGAAAUAAAAUAAUUAAAAUUUGAGGUUUUAAUAUGACAGAAUAGGUAAAAAUACUUUUACAACGCACUUUAGGUGUCCUACUAGUGAGGAAAAAGUGUAUUAAUACAUGGAGUAAAAUACUACUAGUGCUUUGAAUGAUCUUCGUGAGGACAUACCAGUACGCAGAUCUCAAGAUGGAUCCGUUUUUCCACAUCCUCACUUUCUGCUUCCCUUUAAUUCCUUUCUGUCAAAGCCAACCCAACCUUUAAUCAUUGCUUCAAGCCUCCAAACGGCUCCUCCAGGCUGGCUUUCGAUCCACUUUGUAAAUAAAAGAACAUUCACGUCAAGAUGUCCUCGUGUUUUAUGUUAUUGGUCCGAGUAGUGCACUGUUUUAUUUCAUCUGCGUUAUAAAAAAAAGUGAUAUCAUUAUUAAAUCAGACCACGGAGCAAAAUUUAAGGACUUUGCUGGCCGGAGAUGAGAGCGCAGAAGUCGUUUAAAGCAUACAUAAAUAAAUAAGCGUGACAGCAGA